AUGCAUAUCUCAGCUAUGGUUGUUUCGGCUCUGGCCGCCGUUGCUUCGGCCGUCGACGUCCAAGUCGUCUCCGUCGCCUCGACCAACAACACGCUCAAGUUCUUCCCCGACAAGAUCAACGCCCCGGUCGGCUCCAUGGUCCAGUUCCAGUUCCGCGGCGGCAACCACUCGGUCGUCCAGUCCACCUUCGACAACCCGUGCAUCCCCAUCUCGAGCGUAAACACCUCGGCCAAGGGCCUCUACUCGGGCUACCAGCCCGUCGCGGCCUCUGCCGCCAUGGGCCAGAUCCCCGUCUUCACCGUCAUGGUCAGCAGCACCGCACCCAUGUGGCUGUACUGCUCCCAGGCCAAGCACUGCCAGAACGGCAUGGUUAUGGUCAUUAACGAGAAGUAA